AUGGCUGCACAUGCUCAAGAUGAACAAUCCAGUCUUGGCGCCACUCAAUAUCGACUGUCGGAGAAUCGCGUCGAGUAUUGCAUCUUUUUGAUCGAUUCGGAGGCCCAAGACUCGCGGGGGCAACUCUCGCGACUAGAGAAGUUGCGCAAAACAGCCCUUCUGCUAGGCACCCACUUGGCUGGUGACUACAUAUGGCAAAGAGAUUCACUAAAUCUCGAGGUCACUACCGAGCAAGGACUUGCUUUUCUGCGAGGAACAUCGGAUUAUGGCGACUCCGUUGAAGAUGAAUGGCUGAUAGUCUACAUCCUCAGGGAGCUAUCCAAGUCCGACCCGAAGGUAUGGAUUCGCAUCUCUGACAGCGACGGCGAGUUCCUCUUGGUAGAGGCGGCAAAUGUACUGCCAAAAUGGCUGAGUCCCGAGAACGAUCAACAUCGAGUUUGGAUUAACAAUGGCCGGCUUUGCAUCAUCCCUCUUGAUCAGAGUUCAACGGUCUCGGAUUCACAGCCACUCACUUUGGCAGAAGCUGUGAAGACCAUCAGAAAAGACUCAGAAGCUCUUGUGCAUUCGGAGUUCAUCGAGGCGGAAGCGUUCUAUCGGCUAGAAAAAUACCCCGGCCAGAUUUGGAAGUCGAUGCAUCACUCUCUAGUAAGGAUCCCUCGAAGACUGGCGCAUGUUCUCCAUCAGGCUCCUAGAGCUGUUGCACCGGCCGUGGAGUCAUUCUAUCUACGUGAUGCGUUGGAUUUGAGAGCCCUUCUGUCCAAGGCAGAUAAUCUUCGCUUCCCUCCACACGACAUGGUCACCUUGAGCGUAAAGUUGACCAAAGUUUUGUUUGCCCAACUUCGAUCUCAACGGUUUGAACCGCCUACACCGUGGUCAGAUGUGCUUGAAAAAGCACAAGGCAAUGAGUUGAGUUAUGUCGAAAUGGGGAUGAAGCUUGCCAGCGGGUUCGAGAUCAUGAUGAAUAACAUCAACACCACAAAAAGCCGCGAAGCCAGAGAGGCCAGUAUCGUUAUAGCGGAUCUCGAAGAGGAUGGGGAAUCAGUCCUUCCGACCGAUUACGAUAUCCAAAAUUGGAAAGAUUCAGAAAGAGAAGACGAUGAAUCUUGGCUGGACAUCAACUACGAGGACUUUGAACAGGAACUGCAAGGACGCCGUGAAAGUGGAAAAGGCCGUACCGGUUUUGGAGACCCAUCAACACAGGCAGACCUGCGCAAGAUCGUGUCACGAUUCGAGGCCUUUUUGAACGACGAGAGAGCAGGUCUUGACGGGGCCGAGAUUGAAGACAUGGACAUUAACGACGACGACGAUGACGACGACGACAGCGAGGAUGUCAGCGAUGAGGAAGACAAGGCAGUCAGCUUUGACGAGGCUGAGUUUUCUCGAAUGAUGAGGGAAAUGAUGGGACUAGCUCCAAACAACCAAGGUGAAGCUAGUCCGCCAGCAGGGACGCGAAAGCAUCGAGAAGGUUUCCCUGAGGAUCCCAGCGACGAAGAUCUGCGGGAGCUUGCCGCACAGUUGGAAGCCGAACUUACCGAACACGGGGCCCUCAGACUAGACGUCUCUGACAACAGCAAAGCCCCGGCGGUCAAAGGCAAAGACAGCCAUCCAGUCAAUGCGAACGGUCUUGGUACCGCUGUCAAACACAAUGGCAGUGACAAUGAAGACGACAAGGAAGCUGGGGAUGAAGAAAUCGAUAUUGACUACAACCUAGCCAAGAAUCUGCUGGAGAGCUUCAAGGGUCAGGCAGGCUUACCAGGUCCGGCUGGCAACAUCCUGGGCAUGAUGGGGAUGCAGCUCCCGCGCGACGAGGCCGACGGAGACACCAAAAGCAAAAAGUGA